AUGAAUCCUGGAGAUUACACAGGAAACUACUUGCCUUUUUUUAUCAUCUUAGUCCUGGAGUUGUGCAUCGGCGCGCUAUUGUACGUGUUUAUUGUCUUUGUAGUGUGUCGUGACUUUAUCGAAACAAAGAAACUGAAUGGCAGCUACAGAAUUUUGCUUUGUUUGGCCGUCUCCAACGUGUGCCUGACUAUGGUGAUGUCUGUUGGUUUGCUUGAUUAUUUCUGCAGCUUUGGAAUCUUCUCCAAGGUUAAUACCACUUAUAUUUAUUUCUAUCUGUUGUUUUUCACUGUCAGUUUAUGUGUGUGGCUUUCGGCCAGUCUGGCCUUCUUCUAUUUUAUUAAAAUUUCCAAUUUUGAGUCAGGCUUUCUUUCCUGGGUGAAAAAGCGAAUUACCUCCGUUAUCCCGUGGAUGUUAUUGGGGGAUUUAUUGGUGUCUCUGGUCAGCAGUCUUCUAAGCAGCUUGUACUUCGUUUUCUCUGGAACACUUUCUGGUAAUACCACCGAUGAUUCUCCAUCUAUGAUCUCUAUAUUUUCUAAAUCAGGCCCGACAUUUAUCAACGCAUCAAUUAUUGAUACUAUUAUCCCUUUCUUCCUGAUGUUCACCACAAUGUUGUCCACCAUUCUGACCUUGAAGAAGCACAGAAAUAGAAUGAAGAAUGUUCAAACAUCUGACGGCGAGGGUUGGAGGUCCUACGAGAGAGUUGUGUGCCGGAUGACCGAGUCCUUGUUUGUCUAUGGAAUAUUUUACACCACAAUGAUCAUUUUCUAUUUUACGGUCAUCAAACAAAUGAAGUCUAGAUUUUGGUUAUUGCUCCUUGUUCUAAACGCUUUCACUCCAGUGCAGUCUGUUCUCCUCAUUCUCGCUAACCCCAGGCUGAGGGCCGCUUGGAAGGAAAUUUUCUUGUGCGGUCAUCUUCAAGAAAUGUUAACCAACUGUAAGGAACAGAACAGACAAUAG